AUGUCGGACACGGAGCGUUUCCGGGCGUCAGAAAAGCGCCUGGAAGACAAUCCGUAUGAUAUCGAAGCUUGGUCAGUUCUCGUGAGAGACGCUCAGGCGAGAAAAAUCGAGGACGCCCGAGAAAUCUACGAAAAACUUGUGACCACAUUCCCCAACACAGGCCGAUAUUGGAAGGUCUACAUAGAGCAUGAGCUCAAGGCGCGAUGCUUCGAUCGCGUGGAGAAGCUAUUCACAAGAUGUCUGAUAAAGGUGUUGAACAUGGAUCUAUGGAAGUGCUACCUGGCCUACGUUAAAGAAACGAAAGCUUCCCUACCGUCCUACCGAGAAAAGAUGGCCCAAGCCUAUGACUUCACCCUUGAUAAGAUGGGCAUGGACGUCACGUCGUACUCCGUUUGGAACGAUUACGUCAACUUUCUGAAGAGCGUUGAUGCGGUCGGAAGCUACGCAGAGAACCAGCGAAUUACAGCUGUGAGAAAAGUCUAUCAGAAAGGAGUACACAACCCGAUGACCAACAUCGAACAACUCUGGAAGGACUACGUGACCUACGAGCAGAACAUAAAUCCGCUCAUAGCGGAAAAAAUGAUCGCGGAUAGGAGUCGCGACUACAUGAACGCACGGCGAGUCUCCAAGGAGUAUGGUGACAACUCCCGUGGUAUCAACAAAAACAUGCCUUCGGUACCCCCACAGGGGAACCCCGAAGAGAUGCGACAGCUCGAACAAUGGAAGAAACUGAUCGCCUGGGAGAAGUCGAAUCCUCUCCGCAGUGAAGACACGUCGCUUGUCACCAGGAGAGUUAUGUUUGCUUACGAGCAAUGUUUAUUGUGCUUGGGCCAUCAUGCGGACAUUUGGUUGCAAGCUGCGCAAUUCCUCGACGAAAGAUCUCGAGACGCUGCCGACCGAGGGGAUCCAACGCUUGCGAAGCAGUACGCAGAAGAUGCGGCUCAGAUGUACGAGAGAGCCGUCAGUGGUCUCCUGUCUAAAUGUCAACUGCUUUACUUCGCCUAUGCUGACUUUGAGGAAGGGCGGAACAAUCACGAAAAAGUUCACACCAUAUACAACCGUCUGAUCGAGAUCCAAGACGUAGAUCCAACACUGGCGUACGUUCAGUAUCUGAAAUUCGCACGUCGAGCGGAAGGCAUCAAGAGCGCGAGGCAGGUUUUCAAGAAAGCAAGAGAAGAUGAUCGUUCGAACCACCACGUGUAUGUGGCAGCAGCGCUCAUGGAAUACAAUUGCAGCAAGGACACUACUAUCGCGGUAAAGAUAUUCGAGCUCGGCUUGAAAAAGUAUGGGGGCAAUUCAGAUUAUGUUCUCGCCUACAUAGAUUACCUUUCUCACCAAAACGACGAUUCCAAUACUCGAGUCCUUUUUGAGAGAGUUCUGAAUUCCGGUCAACUCUCGGCCGAGAAGUCGCUCGACAUUUGGAAUAAGUUCCUCGAGUUCGAAUCUCAAAUAGGAGAUCUCACGUCGAUAUUGAAGGUCGAAAAGAGAAGAGCGGCUGCCAUCGAGAAGCUCAAAGAGUUCGAAGGGAAGGAAACUGCUUUAUUAGUCGAUCGGUAUCGAUUCCUCGAAAUGGUGCCUUGUUCACCGGCCGAACUUGUCACGAUGGGAUAUCGAGAACUCCUGAUGAAGAAUAAAACGUCUCUCAUUGGAGGGCUAGCUAACAACGUCAUGAUGGAAGCAAAUGCCGAGUCGAAGUCUAAGCUGUUCGAACCGAACGUUCUGCACAUGAUUCCAUUCAAGCCCAAGCAGUCGUACCCGAAUGGAGCUCAUCCCGUACCGGGCGGUGUUUUCCCGGCACCCCCAGCUGCGUCCGAGCUGAUGGUUCGCCUGCCCCCGCCGAGCUCUUUCAACGGUCCAUUCGUUGCCGUUGAUAAACUCAUGGAUAUAUUCAUGACGAUGACCCUCCCGAACAAAUUGCCAGAACCUGACGGCGCUCAAAGCGGUCUGAGCUUGAAGAUUUUCGAGCAUGUGCUGAAACCCGUCGACUUCGGUCAUGGUCAGAAGAGACUCCGCACCGGAGACAACUCCGACUCGGAGAAUGAAGAGAACGGUUACCCCAUACAGCCGGCGAAUGACAUCUACCGAGCCCGUCAACAACGGAAGGUGCAGCAGCAGCAAUUGAGAUGAGCAGCGAUCGAAGAUAGUCAAGGCAUCAUGUAUCCAUCUUUAAGUUAACGAGUAAUAUCGAAACACACAUUGUGACCGAGCACGGACUUCCUCCGUCAGAGAUGACGGUCGAAGACGUACAGUGAAGUGUUGUAAAUAAAUUAGCCCAAGUUGUAA